CCUCCGCGGUGGGACCCUGCCGCUACCGGGCAGGGCAGGCUCGGGCGCCAUUUCGGCGGGCCCGGGGCCGGGCGGCGGCAGAGGGCGCUGGCCGGGUGCCGAGGCGCGGCCCGGUGAGCGGCAGGAGGCCGACAACCGCAGCCUUAUCAGCGCUCCGCAGGCCGCCUCGGGCCCGGGCCGCCGCGGGUCCCCGCUUGCCGGCCCAUGGGCGGCGGCAGCGGCGGCUCGGAGGCGCCUCCUCCUGCCGCAGACCCGCGCGGCGGGGACCGGCUGCAGCAGCAGCAGCAGCACCAGCACCUCCGCCGCUGCUGCCGCCUGGGCUCCGCCGCGCCGGCCGCAUGGCGGGCUACGCGCCGCGCCUGCCCUGGCUGCUGCCGCUGCUGCGGCGGGCGGCGCCGCCCCCCUGGGCUCGGGCCGCCGGCGCGGCCGCCGGCCUCCGCGCCCUGCCGCGCCCGGCCAGCAGCUGCUGUUGGCUUUCUGACAGUUUCCAGUAUCAUUACCAUGUCAGCCCCUUUCUUUCUGGGUAAAGUUAUUGACGUUAUUUAUACAAAUCCCAGUGAAGACUUCACUACCAGCCUGACCAGCCUGUGUGCCUUGCUGAGUGGAAUCUUUUUAUGUGGUGCUGCUGCUAAUGCUACUCGUGUCUACCUCAUGCAGACUGCAGGACAAAGAAUCGUGAAACGUUUGAGAACAACCAUGUUCUCCUCUAUACUGCAGCAAGAAACCGCCUUCUUUGACAAGACCAGAACAGGAGAGCUGAUAAACCGCUUAUCUUCAGAUACAGCCCUCUUGGGCCGUUCAGUGACUGAAAACCUUUCAGAUGGGCUCAGGGCAGGAGCACAGGCAUCUGUGGGGGUUGGAAUGAUGUUUUUUGUGUCUCCUAGCCUUGCUGCAUUUGUUCUGAGCGUUGUGCCACCUUUGGCUGUUCUGGCUGUGAUUUAUGGAAGAUACUUGCGAAAACUUACUAAAAUGACCCAAGAUUCUCUUGCAGAAGCAACACAGUUAGCCGAGGAGCGUAUUGGAAACAUAAGAACAGUUCGAGCUUUUGGGCAAGAAGUGGCUGAAAUGGAGAAGUAUACAAGUAAAGUUGAUUAUGUGCUACAGCUGGCUAAAAAAGAGGCACUAGCUCGGGCAGGCUUCUUUGGAGCAACUGGCCUUUCUGGAAACUUAAUUGUCCUCUCAGUCUUAUACAAAGGAGGAUUACUAAUGGGCAGUGCCUACAUGACAGUUGGUGAACUCUCAUCUUUCCUAAUGUAUGCUUUCUGGGUUGGAAUAAGCAUUGGAGGUCUAAGUUCCUUUUAUUCUGAACUAAUGAAAGGGCUAGGUGCCGGUGGACGUCUAUGGGAACUUAUUGAAAGGAAGCCCCAACUUCCAUUCAAUGAGGGAAUCACAUUAGGCAAAGACACAUUCAGAGGUGCUUUGGAAUUCAAGGAUGUUGAGUUUGCAUAUCCAACACGUCCAGAAACAUCUAUUUUCAAAGAUUUUAGCCUUUCCAUUCCAGCUGGCUCUGUUAUGGCUCUGGUUGGCCCAAGUGGCACAGGGAAGUCGACUAUUGUGUCCCUUCUGCUGAGGCUGUAUGAUCCUAUCUCAGGUACUAUCACUGUUGAUGGCUUUGACAUCCGUCAGUUAAAUCCACUGUGGUUCAGGACAAAGAUCGGAACAGUGAGUCAGGAACCAAUUCUGUUCUCCUGUUCUAUUGCUGAAAAUAUUGCCUAUGGUGCAGAGGAUCCUUCUACUGUGACUGCAGAGGAGAUUCAGAAAGUUGCUGAAAUAGCUAAUGCUGCUAGCUUUAUCAGAGAUUUUCCAAAAGGGUUUGACACUGUAGUCGGAGAAAAAGGCAUUCUGCUUUCAGGUGGACAGAAGCAACGAAUUGCGAUUGCUCGAGCUCUGCUCAAGAACCCUAAAAUUCUUCUGUUAGAUGAAGCAACAAGUGCUUUGGAUGCUGAAAACGAGUAUCUAGUGCAAGAAGCUCUGGACCGGCUGAUGGAAGGGAGGACAGUCCUAAUUAUUGCUCAUCGUCUGUCUACUAUUCAAAAUGCUGAUUUUGUUGCAGUCCUUGGCCAGGGUAAAAUUCUUGAAUGUGGAAAACAUGAGGAGCUACUUGCAAAUCCAAAUGGACUUUUCAGGAAACUAAUGCAGAAACAAGCUUUUCUUCAGAACAGUGAUACUUUUGCAUUAGAUUUACAAUCCAGAGAAAAGGAUGUAUUAAAAGAAAAUGUAUGAGAGAAUGUAUGAAUAAAGGAAGCUUAAAAACUACAAAGAAUAUAACUUAUGUUUCAGUUAUGUAAAGUAAAUGUUAUAUUUUUCCAAAAUGUACAAAAUAUUCUUUUGAAACUUAAACGUGUUUAAACUUUUUAUUGAACGCUUUUUAAUAAUUAUUGCAACUUUUUAAAACAUCUAUCACGUUGAGAUAAUGGCAGCGAAUAGAUUUUUCUGCUUUGUGUUAUGCUAAUUGAGACCUUUUAGAAUCUUGUUUGCUGUAAUGCACUGUAUGAUGAUGUGCUGCAUUCUUAAGUAAAUUCAGUAUUUUAAGGGUAAUUAAAUGACAAUCUUACCAUUUUCAUACCAUUGCCUCUUCCCUUGUCAAGGAACUUUUGCUUUCUGGGCUUGUCAGUAGUCUUAAAAUGCUGGAAUUCAAAAGUGUGUGACACUAAGGUACUCUGAAAGUUCUGUCUGACUUCCACGCACUGUUCUUUCAGUUGCCGUUUGUUCUGAAAUGAGAAGGUUGAUUAUGAUCCGCCAUCUACAGUUACUGUAGAGAAUUACAUAUGAGAACACAUUUUGGGAAGUAUGGAAGCAUGAGGAGUUGGAGGAAAGUUCCUUAAAAAACAAAAUAAAACAAGCACUUACAAAAAAAGCAACCAAACAAAAAACCUAACUGACUUUACGUAAAGGAAGUGUAUUAGUAUAUUAAGACAGCAUAGGAAUAUCUAAAAUGUGUGUGCAUUUCUUCCCUUCUCUAUUUUCCUAGUUCUUUAGUUUCACUUUCCUUCUAAGAUGACGUCUAAAACAACACACUCUUACAUGUGUAAGUUUCUGUCUUUUUUUUAAGUUGGGGUUUUUCUUUUGUUAGAAAUCCCAGGUUUUGCCUAACUACCUUAUUAGGGACAACUAGUAAACCACCUUCUCAAGGACAAUUACUAAAAUAAUAAUAGUAUUACAUUAAUUUGAAUAACUGCAGGAGGGUACAUUUGGCAAUAAAGAGUAGGCUUCAUGUUUCUAAUUUAAGAAUCUCUUCCAAGAGAAUAUCUUUAUAGACUUUCUGAAGAUGCAAAACUCCGCAAGAUGAUUUCAAAAAGCUGGAAACUUUCCAGGUCACGUUAAAACUCAUCUAUGCUAGGAAAACAUGUUGCUGGAAAACUUUAUUGGAAAUAGGUGAGAUACCUAGUGCUGGGCAAGCUUAAAAUGUUUAUCUAUUGUGCCAUUAAUGGCACUCUGUGAACAUAGUGAAAACACUAAAGAGCACCCUGUACUAAGGAAUGAAAAUAAAAUUACAUCCAAAUGUCAGUCUAUCUGCUGAUUAUAGUUUUACUAGAAGCUGUAUUAAAGAUAUGCCGAAAAUACCACUGACCCAAUGUUUAGUUUGUGUUGACUACCAGUUAUUCUCUUUGUAAUGUAAUGUAUUUAGAGGGGCUUGAACUUUAAUCUACUCAUAUAAUCUCUCCUUAUGUGAGGUGCAAUGAGCCCCUUUAUUCAUGUGUUUACGAAGGUUACAGGAAUUA